UAGAAAAAAAAAAAAGAGUUGUAGAAAAUUUUCGAAAGAAAAAAGACUUCACGAAUUUUUUCAAUCACACAAGAAGAAAAUGGCAUCGAUUUUACGCUCGGGAAAGUUAUUUCGUUAUUUUGCUGGUUUAACACGAAGUGUUGUCUUCCAAUCUGUUCGUGAAACUGAAGGUAGCUUUGUCCAGAAUUCACAAUGUGUUUGCAGCAAUUUAAUCAACGGCUAUGCAACGACAGCGGCCAAAGCCGAUAUCAGUUUGGAAAAACAACUCAAACGAUUGGAUUCAGAUGUCCGUCGUACUGGUCGCAUUGCCCGCAGAGAUAUUGAAGAAGUUCUUGAUGAAAUUCGUCAUCAACGCUCUGCAACGAGCUCACAAUCAUUGCUCGUUAUUCGUUGUUGUGGUAAUUUGGUUCCAGAGGAGCUGCCAGAAGUCCGGACGGCUUUGGUGCAAGAAAUAUGGAACACAUUGAAUUCGCUGAAUGUUCCAAUGGAUAUUUCACAUUACAAUGCUUUGUUGAGAGUCUAUUUGGAGAAUGAACAUCCAUUCUCGCCGGCAGAGUUCUUAUCAGAACUCGAGUCAAAGGCCAUUGAACCAAAUCGUGUUACAUAUCAACGAUUGGUUUUGAGAUAUUGUCAACAGGGCGAUAUUGAUGGAGCUACGAGGAUAUUGGAAUAUAUGAGGGAGAAGAAUUUGCCGGUCAAUGAGAAUGUCUUCAAUGCUUUGAUUUUGGGACAUUCACAGGCAAAUGACAUCGAAUCAGCAAAAUCCAUUCUCACAGUAAUGAAACAAGCUGGCCUUGAACCUAGCGCCGAUACCUACACAACUCUCCUCUGUUGCUAUGCUCGUCACGGCGAUAUCGAUGCCAUUCUUCAAACCAUCGAUGAAUGUGGGAAAAAUGAUAUAUUCCUCCUCGACAAAGAUCUUCUCGAUGCUGUCUAUGCUCUAGCCAUAAACGGUCAUGAAGCCAAAAUCGAUCAAGUCUUGUCAAAACUUAAGAAAUUCACUGGUUUCAAUCAAGAAGCUGUCAAUAUUAUUCUUCGUCUAGUGAAUAAAGGUUACGAAGAAGUCGGCCUUAAAGUCCUUCGCAUUAUGCCACGUUCUACCCGUGCCGAUGGACAACUUGUUGACGCUGGAACAUUUUUUAUUCGUCAAAUGGUUAAAGUCAAUCGACCAAUUGAAAAGAUUCUAAGUAUUUGCAAAUUACUCCAAGACGAAGGACUCAAUCCUAAAGCAUUACUUAUUGCUACCGAAUCUGGAUUAAUAAAUGGUGCCAAUAAUACAACUUUUCCACUUCUCAAAGAGCUAAAGAACUCUGGAUUUCCAAUUAGGCAACAUUAUUUCUGGCCUCUGAUCUGUUCUGCCGAAUCCAAUGAAGUUAUUGAAAUCAUUGAAAAAAUGCAAAACGAAUUCAGUCUACAACCAAAUUCCGAAACUGUUCGUGAAUACGUUAUUCCUAAGCUCAAUGAAAAGCGUGUGGAUCGUAUUGUUAGCAUUCUAACAAAUGCAGGUGUCUCUAAUGGAACUGCUGCUUCAUCCGCCGCACACAAUGCAUUGCUUCAAAAUAAAUUGCAAGAAGCCGCCAAAGUUGUCGAAAGCUAUCGCGCCUACUAUGCUCCAGUAUUGUUCCGUUUUCCCCUCAUUCAAGCUUUAAACAAUACCAAUGACUAUAAGUCUUUCACCAGAAUUGUUCGUCAAAUUCAUGACAAUUUGAGCAAAGACAAUCUAUCUGCUGCUAGCCAAGAAGAAAUCGCAACCGAAGAAGCUGCUGAUGUAGUUGAAGGAGAACCAAAAGCCGAACAAAAAUCAACUGAGCCUGAAAUAUUAGGUCAAAACGCUCGCCCUGCAUUCAUUGGUCAAAUAGUUAACGAUGCAGCCAAUUAUUUCCGCAACGAUCGCGUAGCAGUUCUAGAAAAUAUCCUCACUCAUUUCGUUGAGCAAGGUCUUUCCAUGACUGGAUCAUCAGCAUCGAAGAUUCAAGAACGUUUGGGCUCCGAAAUGACACCAAAAAUUUCCGAACUCCUCAGCAAGAUGACAUCCGGCGAAUUGGAUCCUGUUCAUUUGGACACACCAUCAACACGUAAACGUACCCUUGACAAGCUGAACAUUGACGAACUUGAACGAUUCAUUGCAAAUCAAGAGGCCAAAGGUGAAAACACAAAUAACAUCAAGCGUCAGCUUCUCGUCACCUGUUUCAAAUCGAGGAAUCUGGAGAAAACUGUUGAGGUUAUUGAACGUUUGGAAUCUGAGAAAUUUGUCAUCCCAAGCGGCAUCUGGGCACAACUCGUUGAUCUUUAUGCUCAAAACGAUCGUUUAGACGAUGCCAUGCAGCUUUACAAAAAGUUAAAGACCAAUGAUCCUGGAUUCCUUUUGGAUAACUUAAAGACCCUUCGAAUUGCCGAAAUGAUGGUUAAGGCAGAGAAAAUCGAUGAAUCUAUUGAAUUUUUGAAAAAGAACAAGAAAGCUGAAUUCCGUGCCGAUAACGAGGGAUCAUUUGUGUACACUUCAUCAUGCUGGAGGGUUCUCAAUCAAUUGGCCGAAACUGGAAAUGCCGAGAAGCUCCAACAAAUGUUUGACACUCUGAUCGACAACAACUACAUUAUCCCAACAAAUGUUCUCCUCGGACCAAUGGUCAAAGUGCAUUUGGUCAGAGAUGACAUCCAAAAGGCAAUGGAAAAAUUCGAACAAAUUACUGCAACCUACAAGGCAACUCCAUGGAAGAAUGAACUCGCCUGCCGAUUAAUUCAAAAAGAAGAUGCAGCGAAUUUACAAAAAUUGACCGAUCUCAGUACAAGUAUUCAUGGUGAAGUGAAUAGCUUGUAUGAUUUGGUUCUAUCGUUUGUUGAGUGCGGACGUAUUCGUCAAGCAAGGAAAAUCCUCGAAACUCCUGGACUUCGUACUCGUCCAAAGCGAAUUGACAUUGCUUGUGAACGCUAUCGCAACGAAGGAAUGGUCGAACCACUUGAAGGAUUGAUUGAAGCUACAAAAGACUUACAACACAUUGAUCGUAAUUCGAUAUUCUAUAACCUUUUGUUGAGUUACUGCAAAAAUGAAGAAGCUGAUAAGGGUUUAGGUUUAUGGACUAAAAUGCAAGAGGAAUCGAUAACUCCAAGUGAUGAGUUCCUCAUCAAAUUAGCUAAACUUUUGAAGAGCAAGAAUAUGGAGAUUCCAUUUGUUGUUCCACAAGCCAGUAAUUCAGUGCGAUCCAGUGAACAAAGUGAAAAAAAAAUUCCUCAAGUAGUCAAACAACAACAGAGUUCAACGACGACUUCAUCGCCUUUAAGCGAAUUCCGUUCGGCUUUACUUACAAGUGAUGUAGAUAAGGCACUCGCAUUGAAGGACAAAUUACCAUCAGGUCAAUCACCAAGUGUGAAUGAUAUUUCUCAGAUCAUUGAGAAUUUAAUUCAUGCCCAACGGCUUAGUGAAGCAACAAAGCAUGUUUUUGAAUUGUUAGACAAGGGUCGUCGACCAAUUCCAAAGGUUUUCAAAUUCUAUUUGAAUAAAGUUGCAGCAACUGGUGAUGUGGAAACAAUCGAGAGGAUUGGAGAGAAGCUAACAAAUGAGCAGAAAAAAGUUGUAUCCUUCGAUAACCGUUAUUGCCAUGCUAACAUUGCCAGCGGAAAAUGUGAACAAUAUUUGAAUAGACUGGCUCAAAUAAUUGCCGACGCAAAGACACCGGAAGAGAUUGCUGAGGCAGCAAGUAAAUUCCCACGUGGUGGAUCGUUGGGAAUUCUUGAUCAAUAUCCAGAAUUGUUGCCAAAAUUCGAGGAACUAGCAAAGGCUUAUGCAGAUAAAAAACAAGUAGCAGCAAUGAAUGUCCUUUGGGUGUAUCAUUCGAUAAAUGGAAAUGAAGCAGCUGCCAAGCAAGUUUGGGAUAAAUACCUUGUCAAUGAGCCACGUUUAAUGUUCCAAAGAAUUCUACAAGCUUGUCGUGAAAAGAAUGACGAACAAUUAGCUCGAAAUCUAAUCAAUCAAUUGUCAAAUUCACAAAUUACUGGCGGAGCUGUUGGCAAUGCUUACAGUUGCUUAUUGGAUAUUCAAUGUGCCAAUGAAAAAUUCGAUAAAGCAUUAGAAGAUUUAAAUGUUGCUCUGAAAUCUUUCCCAAUCGAACAUAUUAAUCGUACGGCAUUAAUUCGACUUAAAACUGGCCUAGAGGCAAGUGGUAAGAAAUUCCCCCAUCCAAUUCCUGAGAAGAAGAAUGAAAAAUCCAGCGAUCCAAUUAGUAGUAGUGAUAGUUCGGGAAGUAGUAGUAGCGAUAGUGACAGUACCUCGAGUAGUGAUGAUGAUGUAAAGAGAGGCCCAAAUAAGCCUUAGAUGUAUAAAAAAAAACGCAGCAGCAAAACAAACUAAUUGAAAUAAAAAAAAUGUUCUUUUUUUGUUAAGUAUUUUUACCUAUAGGUGUAAAUUAAGAUUAAGAUAAUUAAUUCAUCUAUAUAUUGAUUUGGAUUGAUAGAAGCUUCUUUAACCAAAAUUAUAGUUGUAGACAUUGAAAUAUAAUUAUUAAUGACAUCCAUCACUAUUUUCAGCAAAUGCAUUUGCAAAUAAAAAACAAUUAAUAUAUGCAAAAUAAAUUAAAAAAAGCAAACAUAAUGUACCUAUGUUAAAGUUAAUAUAAUAAAAAAG